GUGCUGGUGACACCGCCUGGGAAAUUGAUUCAAAUGUUCGGCGACAGCACACCCAGACGGAACUGCCAGCGGAAAAUGAAGCUAUUGUACCUGACCUGUGCUCUCCUCGCUAGUUUUGCUGUUAUUUGGGCUGCCAGUGGUGAGGAGCAGCAAGGAUCGGUCAAACUGCCCAAGCAGCACAGCUCAAGGAACCAACCUGGCCAGGGAUUCAAACUUAUAUCCUUCGAUGCAGUGGGCAAAAACAUCGCCUUGGGCUUGGAUUAUCUAGUGCCUUUUCUAGAGGUGCCUGUCAAAAGAAAGCGAAAUGCUCCACCGAAGCCACUUGUUAUAGUCAAUUCGGCGGCAGUUGUGAGCUGUGGACUUGUGGUUGUAGGUGGAGUCCUUGUGGGGCACAUCAUACGGAGCUUGGGAUUGGAGGCCAUCACAGGAGAUGAAAAUCGUCCCAUUUUCGGGAAUUCUUCUAUACUUAAACCAAAAUCUUCGGAGGAGGAUGCUUCGUACUCUACACCAGCACCCUUUCCUGCCAAUGCCACCUCCAGAAAACUUUACGAUGAGAACUUGAGUUUUCCUGGAUUUUUUGACAAUUUUAAGCUAAUCUACCGAAACGAAACUGGAGAUCGUGUGGCUACUAGUCUUCCCAAUAUUUUGGGAGUCGUUGAGCGAACGUUUCUUAAAAACGAUGUGGAUCUAUCCAUUUGCCUGCUGAAAUCCAUUUGCACUUUGACUCACAGCGCAGGACUAAAAGUGAUAAAGGGUGAGGCCACGGAUAUAGAACACCUUUUGGAUGGAGCCACCAAAUGGCCUUGGCUGAUGGCAUGGCUAGAGCAAUCCGCUUUCCGUGAGGCCAUUGAAGCUGGAAAGGUCAUAUCGAGCAAUCACUGCACCAUUAAGUAUCCGGCUUGCAAAUGGACGGCUCCUGAAGAACAAAUCCUGGAGCUAUUGCGCAAUAAUGUACAGUUUAAAUAGGAGU